UAUACGUGCAUACCACCCACUUGACCGAACUGGCUCAACUUGUUUCAGCAUGCAUGGGACAUAAACAAAGUCUUAUGGAAAGCUGAUAACAGGGUUGGGAACAAAGCAUUUACUGUAAACCUCGGUGAGAAGUGAUAUCACUCACAUGAGUGCAAAGUACAUCAUCUCAAAACUGAAACUGUUGCUGCAUUUGAACAUUGCGAGAGGAUGGGCAUGAAACAACAGGACUGGUUGAUCGCAUGACCAGAAAACAACUAUGGCAUGUGUGCCCGUGCUGCUCUUGGACACUUUGGAGGAGCUGGUUGAUAAAGACCUGAGGACUCUCCAGUGGUUCCUUUACAGCAAUGUUCUCGAAGGAUUCCCUCAUAUUCCAAGGGCUCGGGUCGAUGGGGCAGACAGGCCGGGCACUGUGGAUCUUUUGGUGCAGACUUAUGGCUAUAAUGGUGCUGUUACAGUCACUGUGGAUAUAUUGAUGAGAAUGAAACUCAAUCUGUGGGCUGAAACACUGAAGAAGAAGUACGAGGAAGCUCCGAGCAAUCAAGAAGGCAAAGAAACUGGCCCUAGUGCAAUCCAAGAAAAACUGAAACUCACCCUGAGGAAAAAAUACCAAAACAUUUAUGAAGGGAAUGCAGAUGAAGGAGACAACAUCUACCUGAACAAAAUCUACACCAAGUUGCAUGUGAUUGAAGGAUCCUGGGGAGGCUUUAGCGAGGAGUAUGAGGUCAGACAGCAGAGGUCCAACCAUGUGACGACAGAAGAAACGUCCAUUAAAGCUAGUGACAUUUUCAAACCUAAGCCCAACCAAGAGAAGCAGAUCAGAACCGUGCUUACCCAGGGUAUACCCGGAGUGGGUAAAACUGUCUGCACACAAAAGUAUACCUUGAGCUGGGCGGAAGAGGAGGAAAAUCAAGACAUCACCUUCCUCUUCCCGCUUCCUUUCCGUGAGCUGAAUCCCAACAUUGGCGAGAAAGACUACAGUCUGAUGCAGCUGCUCCAUCAGUUCUUCCCUGAGAUGAAACCAAUUGAGACUUUGGGAACAGAAUUCAAAGUCCUCUUCAUCUUCGACGGCCUGGACGAGACUCUACUUCCCCUGAACUUCAAGCACAACAAGGUCUUGAGAGAUGAGACCGAGCCGGCCUCGCUAGAUGUGCUGAUCACCAACCUCAUCACAGGAGAUUUGCUCGGCAACGCUCUCAUCUGGAUCACGUCCAGACCUGCGGCAGGUAGCCGGAUCCCUCGAAAGCACAUCCACCAGUGGACAGAGGUGAAGGGCUUCGCUAAUGAACAGAGGGAGGAGUACUUCAAGAAGCGUUUGCGCGAUGAUAACCUUGCCAUCAGAAUCAUCAACCAUGUGAAGUCAUCAAAAAGCCUCAACAUCAUGUGUCAGAUACCAGUGUUCUGCUGGAUCACAGUCACCGUAAUGAAGAAAAUGUUGCAUGACAAUGUGACAGGAGGCAUGCCCAACACCCUGACCGAGAUGUACGCGUACCUCCUUCUCUGCCAGACAGACCGGAUGAAAGAAGGGCACUACCCAAUGACAAGUGACAAUGUAGUUUUGAAGCUAGCAGAGCUAGCGUUCCGUCAACUGGAGAAAGGCAAACUGAUCUUCUACGAGGCUGACUUGAAAGAGUGUGGCAUCAAUGUCAAAGAGGCAACAGUCUAUUCUGGAGUUUGCACAGAGGUCUUUGUGAUGGAGGGCAAAAGGAGGGGAGAAGUUUUCAGCUUUGUACAUUUAACCAUCCAGGAGUUUCUGGCAGCUGUGUACGCCCGUCAUUCCUACAUGCAAAGAAAGGAAAACGUCCUCCUUGGAUACCUGAAAAGAAUAUCUACAAGAUGGUUCCCCAAGUCUGUGUUCAGUUUUCACAAGAUUGCCAUCGAAAAAGCCUUGGAGAGCCCUGACGGCCGCUGGGACCUCUUCCUCCGCUUUCUCCUUGGACUGUCACUGAAGCCAAACCAGGAGCUCCUGGGUAGAAUACUGCCUUUGGAAGCUGAGGGAGAGGAAGAUGUGGUGAGAACCAUCCAGUUUAUCAAGGAGAAGAUCAAAGAGGAACCAGAGGCCAAGCUUAACCUCUUCCACUGCCUGAGUGAGCUCAGAGAGGAGUCCUUGGUGCAGGAGAUCCAGAGCUUUGUGAGUUCUGGGAGGCUUGAGCCCAAAAAGCUGUCUCCGGUCCAGUGGUCUGCUCUCACUUUUGAACUGAUGACAUCAGAGGCGACAGAGAAGUUUGACUUGAAGAAGUACAUAAGAUCAGAAGAAGGGGUAGUGAAGCUGCUGACUGUCAUUACUUCCUCCACACAUGCUCUGCUAAAUCGCUGCAACCUCUCUGAGAACUGCUGUGAAAUGUUGGCCUCCGCGCUGAGCUCAACUUCCUCUCACCUGACAGGGCUGGACCUGAGUGACAACAACCUGAAGGAUUCAGGGGUGAAGCUGCUUGCUGUUGGAUUAGGGAGCCCACAUUGUAAACUAAGGACUUUAAGAUUACACAAGUGUAAACUCGAAGGAGCCUGCUGUGCGGCACUGGCUGUUGCUCUCAGCACAGAGUCUACCCAACUCAGAGAACUGGAUCUGAGUACUAAUGACUUCCAGGAAGCAGGAGUGAAGGCUCUAUGUGUGGGACUGCGCAGCCACCACUGCAAACUAGAAACAAUCAGGUUGAAUCAGUGCAAGCUGAAAGAGAAUUGCUGUGCAGACUUGGCUACAGUUUUGAAGUCAGAUGCAUCACACCUGAAAACUCUUGACCUCAGCAACAACCUCCUGAAGGAUUCUGGUGUAUCGCUUUUUACUGCUGGUCUGAGGAGCCCACACUGUAGACUGGAAACACUAAGGCUCAGCUGGUGUGGCCUUACACAGAAAUGCUGCGAUCACAUUGGCUCAGCUCUCAGCUCUGACUCUGCCUCCGUCAAAGAGCUGGACCUGAGUGGAAACAACCUGGGUCCAGACAUACAGCAGCUGUGUGCUGGACUGAGAAGUCCACACUGUAAACUGGAGACAUUAAGGUUAAAUGAGUGCUGUCUCCAGAAAUGCAGUGCUGAUUUGGCGUCCGUCCUCAGCUCCGACACCUCCCUCCUGAAGGAGCUGGACUUGAGCGGGAACGACCUGCAGGACUCAGAAGUGAAUCUGCUCUCUGCUGGACUGGCAACUUCGGACUGUAAACUGGAGGCGUUACGAUUGUCGUUCUGUGGAGUCACAGAGAAAGGCUGCACUUACCUGGCUUCAGCGCUGAGCUCUAACCCUUCUCACCUGAGGCAGCUGGACCUCAGCUACAACUACCUGCAGGACUCUGGCGUGAAGCUGAUCUCUGUCCAUUUGAACGACCCGCUCUGUAAGCUGGAAAAUCUCAGUGUGGAUCAUAAUGCAGAGUGCUACUUGAAAUCAACACUGAAAAACUAUGCCUGUACACUGACUUUGGACGCAAACACAGCUGCCAGGUCUCUCUUCCUGUACGACGAUAGAAAGCAGGUGACCUGGGUCAGGGAGAGACAGCAGUACCCAGAUCACCCAGAGAGGUUCGAGAGUGUCUCCCAGGUGCUGUGUCACCAAGGCCUCACCCAACGCCACUACUGGGAAGUGGAGUGGCGAGGACGCUGGGUGGACGUCGCUGUGGCGAUGAAGGGGAUCCACCGGAGGGCGAGCUCUCACCUCUGUGGGUUUGGCUACACAGAGCAGUCCUGGAGUCUGUACUGCUCUGAGGAUCACUACAGUGCUCAGUAUGACCACCAGUCUGUGGAAAUUUCAGCACCUCCGUCUCGCUCCCACAGGGUGGGAGUGUAUCUGGACUGGUCGGGUGGCACUCUGUCCUUCUACAGCGUCUCCUCCUCUGGGACCCUCAGCCACCUUUACACGUUCUACAGCACUUUUACUGAGCCCCUCUACCCUGGGUUCGGGAUGGAGGACAAUGACUGCUCUGUAACUAUUUGUACAGUGGAGAGUUUGUAAGAACUCCUUUCUCGGUCAGCCAGUGCAGAAAGAUUUGAUGUAUUUCAAGCACAGGUUGAUGUGGGAACAAGUUCAAUUUUAAUUUAAAGGUGCAGUAUGAAGGAUUUAUUGGCAUCUAGCAGUGAGGUUGCAGAUUACAACCAAAUGAAUAUCCCUAUGCUCACCCCUCCUUUUCUAAGUUGUUAAGAACCUACAGUGUCCUUCAGGUAAUGUAAAUAUACUAGAGGCCCUCUAUGCAUGUAGUUUGUCCAUUCCAGGCUACUGUAGAAACGUGGGAUGCUCUGUGGAAGAAGACCCACUCCCUCACUUAUAGAGAUGAAGGGCUCUUUCUAAGCUAAUAAAAACACGAUUCUUGGUUCAAGGCAUGGGCAGAUUAUGAAACAAUGGGUCUCUGGGCACAGAUAUGCAAAAGGCCCCCACCACCUCUCCUACAUAGGAACAAGACACACAGAUUUUGUGGUGGUGUUGUGUAUGUGGUCAUUAUGCAUCCUUUUUUGGGUUUAUGUCUUUUUGUGUCUCUUCUAGUUGGUGCAUUUUAAUUAGACAUUUGACAUUUUGCAAGUGAAGGCCAGGGGUCCUCCUGACACUAUGACACUAAAGCUAGCUUGUGGUAUAGCUAGCAGUAGCACAUCACUCUGGGUCAGGUUGUCUCAGUACUUUUGGGGCAAAUGGUCACGUGUAUACAUAGAGCAACAUUAUCUAGCAGCAGCCAUGCGGAAGCCAACUUUGCUAGCUGCUAAAGUUGGUAGUUGUUAUGAAAUGUGUAAACAAUAUAGCCUACAGCUUCAGACAGUGUAAUAAUUAAUAGUAAUUAUUAUACUGUUGUCAAUGAUAUGUCCACAAAAUGGUCAAGAUACAAAGGAGAGUGCACAAUAGGCCCUUAAUUGGAAAAAAUAAAUAUAAUGACAAAUUGUCUUUUGUAAUAUACAAACAGAAGGAAGAAAAUAAGGAGGAAGAAAAGACAAAGAGAAGCCUGUUAAAAUUGUUUGAAAUGACAAAUUAAAGAUAAAUAAAAGACCAACAACGACCUGACAUCAUACUCAGGGCAGUGAGGCAGGCAAAGCUGUAAAGUAAAUCUAUAAUGAGUACUGCCAAAGACUUGAGCUUCAAAUACAGAACUCUCAUAUGAUACUGUCAAAAGAUGACAUGAGCAGAAAUUGAUCAAAUUCUUUUAUACGUGUUCUUAUUCAUUGGAAAAAAAAAACAAAAAAAAACAGUAGCUUAAAAUAUUAACUGUUCAAGUGUCAGUAUAAUCUA